CUGUGGAACUUGAACACACACAGACACACACACAUAAAGCUAUACCUCUUAACAACAGCUGCCACUAGCUCUUACAACAAGCAGGCUUGCACAACAGAAAGGAGGCAAUGAGCAGCGGGGAGUGGUUUCCUGCACUGGGGCUGGUGGCCUGGCUGUGCUGCCUCAGUCUGGGUCCCGUUCAAGGGGGGAAGGUGCUGGUUAUGCCUGUGGAUGGGAGUCACUGGCUUAGCAUGAAGAUACUGGUGAAGGAGCUUAGCCAAAGGGGCCAUGAGGCUGUUGUGCUGGUGCCUGAAACCAGCCUGUUGAUCCAAGGCUCAGAGAGCUACAAGACUGAGAUCUACCAAGUGUCCUACACCAAAGCUGAACUGGCUGCAAUAUUGGACCAGCUGCAGGAGGGAGUUUUCCUCAAGCCACCAGAAAUCACAGAUAUGUUUAUCGACAUAGAGCGUUUGAUUAACUUUACAUCGAUGCAGGUGAAAGGCUGCGAGAGUUUGCUGAACAACCAGCCUCUAAUGAGUCAACUGAAGGGAGGGGGCUUCGAUCUUGUGCUUACAGACCCCUUCCUUCCCUGCGGCUCCAUCCUGGCUCACAUCUUUUCCAUUCCAGCGGUUUAUUUCCUGAGUGGACUUCCAUGUGAGCUGGAUACAAAGGCUAACCAGUGCCCCUCUCCUCCUUCCUACGUUCCUGUGCCUUUCACUGGUAAUACAGACAUCAUGACCUUCCCACAGAGAGUCAAAAACAUGAUGAUGUCCAUUUUGGAGUCCUACUUGUGCAAAAUAAUGUAUUACGACUUUGAUGAACUGGUCAGCAGGUACCUCGGAGACAACCUGACCUACAAGGACAUUAUUAGUAAUGGCGCGAUCUGGCUUCUUAGAUAUGACUUUACUUUUCAAUGGCCCAAACCUGUCUUGCCAAACAUGGUUUUUAUUGGAGGGAUCAAUUGUGGACAGAAAGCUCCUCUGCCAGCGGACUUGGAGGAGUUUGUGAAUGGUUCAGGAGACGACGGCUUUAUCGUCUUUACCCUGGGCUCUAUGGUGUCCAACAUGCCCAAGCCGAAGGCUAAACAGUUCAUUGAUGCCUUUCGGCAAAUUCCUCAAAGGGUUGUUUGGAGAUACACCGGAGUCUUAUCAGAAGAUGUACCCAAGAACGUGAGACUUAUGAAGUGGUUACCUCAGAAUGAUCUCCUAGCCCAUCCCAAAGCCAAAGUCUUCAUCACUCACGGAGGUACCCAUGGUAUCUAUGAGAGUAUCUGCAAUGCUGUACCCAUGUUGAUGUUUCCACUGUUCGGGGACCAGGGGGACAACGUAAAUCAGAUGGUGUCCCGAGGUGUUGCAGAGAAACUCACAAUGUAUGAUAUGACCACUGAAACCCUAUUGGCUGCACUUAAUAGAAUCAUCCAUGACAAAAGUUACAAAGAGAAGAUAGAGACCCUGUCUCAGAUACACCUGGACCGUCCUGUUGAGCCUUUGGACCUGGCUGUCUUCUGGACCGAGUUCGUCAUAAGACACAAAGGAGCUGCACAUUUAAGGAUAGCUGCACAUGACUUACACUGGAUUCAGUACCACAGCCUGGAUGUCUUCGGCUUGUUUUUCAUAAUUCUGGUCACUGUUCUGUGGGUGACAGUCAAAUGCUGCAUGCUCUGCACCCGCAUGUGUUUCAGAAAGGGGACGCCAAAGAGAAAGCGAGACUAACAUUUGUUCUAUAAGUUCUGUAAUGAAAUAAAAAGAGGUUGAAAAAGCAUGGUGCAGGGUGUGUGUGUGUGUGUGUGUGUGUGUGUGUGUGUGUGUGUGUGUGGGCGGUGUAAUUGUUUUGAUGAUUUUAUCUGUAAUACUUUUUUAUAACAGGCUACACAAAAAAAAUCUAUUUUGGAAAAACUACACUUUAGACUAUUGUGAUUUUGGGAAAUUUGAAUAAAGUUGAGUUAAAUAGACACUACUUUACUUUGGAGUUUCUCCACCAGUUGGACUGUCCAGCACUGUGGUUGUGGGGUAAAUGGUUUUACAGGCUGCAGGAGUUAACUUUGGUUAUUGAGUGGGUGGAAUAAUUUACUGACAUAUCGCUAACAACAGCAGCUAAUAGCUUAAUUCGUACAUUGCUUUGCUGAAUUAGCCUGCUAGCAAGCUAACAACGCGCAGAAUAUGGGGCUUGACAAUUAUUCACAUAAAGAGGUUUGUUAAAACUACACUGGCUGGCCAAGUGUGCUUACGUAUGUGACGUAUGUGCAUCAUACGUCAUCUAAAAGCCAAUUAUCUUACCGUAUAAAAAUUGUUUAUUUCAUUAACAUGAAUGUAAAUGUCUUAUCUCCACACUCACUCCACCUUUUUGACGCAGGUGUGGAUGUAUUGUAGCUUCUGCCUAGAGAAGCAAAAAGUAACUUUCAAAGUGAGCAGAAUCUGCAGUCUGUGAGCCAGGGAGAAAUUAUGUGUCAUCUUGUAUUCUAACCGAGUUUUAUUUCAUUUACCUGUUCUCCAUCAGAGAGUGGUGUUUGUUGUCCGAAACAAGAAGAAUCUCCCCAUUAAACCUACUUUCAGAAUGCAUUCAGAGGCAAAAAUAAGUGUUUCCCGGAGAUUGUCAUCACACAUCAUGAAACAAAACUGUUUAAAGUCAGCUUUGAUAUUCAUGGCUCUAUUGGAGCAAAAUAUGUAAGAUAAAGAUACCAUACAUAAAUUGUGAAAUUUGGCCUGAGGGUGUCAUUUUAGGUGAAUCUCCUUUUGCUGGAAAAUAUAAUAAAAUCUGUGACUUCUACUUGUUACACGGUACAGGUACACCAGACACUUCACUAUUGCCACUUUCAAUUUUAACAUCUUAAUUCUUUAUUAUUUUUGCUAAAAUAUCUAAGCACUAAAAAUAGGCAACCCAAAUGGUUGCUGAAGGUCUGUGCAUGAAGUACAAUUAAUUUGGCAUUGUUCAUGAUGCAUAAUGAACAAUGUCAGUUUAGGGGUAUUGCCUAAUAUUAUUUUACUUGUGUUAAUGCAAAUAUAUUCUGCUACGUGAACAGAGAAUCUUGCCUGAAAAUAAAUCAAUUUAUCAUGAGAGCUAAAUUGAAUGAACAAUCAAAUUUAUUAAUAAUGAACAUACUAUAUAAAUGUUAUUAGGUCAUAUUUCUGAAACUUUCCCUCAACUGAUCGUGAAGAUAUUCACCAAUGGGCUCAAACACUGAGAUUAUCUGUAUGUAAUUAUUCAUUUUAUUAUCAAUUUAUUUAUUUCAUUAAAUAAAGGCUUCUCAAACUAUUUGGGUGAAUGUUUCAGGCUAUAUUGUUGAGACUUGUGAUGAGUCUGACUGAUUUUUGACUUUAUUGCUGGCUCUGUUGUCAUGACAAGCAAUCCCAUGUAAAAUCCUUCAAGUGUAUUUACUGUUUGCACUUUUAACUACUCUACAUAAAAUAAAAUACAUGAAUAAAUGAAAA